AUGGAGAAAUGGAAGGAGUUUCCGCUAUCAAAGGAAGAAGAAGAAGGUGUCACGGCAGAGAUUGAAGAAGCAUGCGAGGACGAAGUCUUUCAAAGGACCUUGGCGGCGAGACUAUGGACCAAUAAUCCUUUCAACUCUGGAGCCUUUAUAAACACAAUGCUAGGAGCCUGGAAACUCAAAAACCCAGCUGAAGUGCAGGAGCUGAGUAAAAAUAUUUAUCUCUUUCGUUUUGCUACCAAAAGAGAUCUGGAAAGGGUUUUGAAGAAUGGACCUUGGAGUUUUGACAGAAAUCUCUUAGUGUUAGCUAGAGUGUCCGGAGAAGAACAACCUUCAGAAAUCAAUAUGCAUUUCGGAACCUUUUGGGUAAGAGUUUACGGGUUGCCCCUGAUGCUCAGAUCGGAAGCAAUGGCCAAGAAGCUUGGAGGAAUCUUGGGGGAGUUCGAAGAAAUGGAUCAAAAGGAGGCUCAUAGAAAUGGGCGGUUUUUGAGGCUAAAAGUGAAAAUGAAUCUAAAGAAACCACUCAAAAGGGGGACAGUGGUUCGAUUUAAAGAGAAGAACCUGAGAGUGCACUUCAAAUACGAGAGAUUGCCCACUUUCUGCUUUGUGUGUGGAAGGAUUGGCCACCAACUGAAAGACUGUGAGGAAGUAGAUGAGUUCAGCGAAGAAGGCUUCGAAAACUUGGAGGAACAAGACUUAUCGUACGGAGCGUGGCUUCGCGCAUCUCCCUUGCCCAGGACUCAUGAAGAGCAAAAAAAGAAGGAGUCUAACUCAAGUUCUUGCAGCAAAAUCCUGUUUAAUUUAUCUUCAGGCCAGAGCAGGUGCGAAGAGAAAGGUAAAGGGAAGGAAGGAGACGAAGGUGAGGUAAACCAGAAGAAUACUUGUCUAACUUUGGAAGCUAGUGAAAAUGUGGGGGAUCCAAAGGCACAUGAAGGACAUCUAAAAAGGAAUGUUUUGGAGGUAGAGGCAAUGGCAGAAUCCUUUGGUGCAAUUGACAUCUCAAACAUAGGACAGGCAUCGGGCAAAGUUCAAAAGGAUGGUGCUUCGAAGAAAAAGAAGUGGACACGCAGACAAGUUGUUAGGAAAGGUACUCAGGAUUCGAAGAAGAAAGUGGAGAUGGAAAUUGGGAAAAGAAGUCUGGUGGAUGUCAUGAUUAUCGAUGGAACUGUUGAGAGUCAUGGUGUUAUGGAGAAAAGGAUGAAAGGAGUAGAAGGGCAACAAGGAACUGCCACAACAAAACCAGAGGUGGUGUUGGAGGACCAACACCGCCUAGGCCAAUGA